CAAUUUUUCAUCAAAUCAAAGACCCCGUUUUCUCUGUCACAUGUGCUUAGAAAACCUUUGCUUUGUACUACCAUGUUCAUUCUGAGUGUCGCACCGUGGUGGUAUUCAAGUACCCCCGUUUCCGGGGUUAAACAUUUCGUUUCAGCUCCACACCUCCGAAUAAAAAUAGCUCUCACCUUUACCCCCACUAUGAACGACCAGAUAAAGCUAAAAGUAAAAAAACCGCUCAUGCCCGCCUCGCUGUAUUCUCCAACAAUAGCCAUGCCUGCCAUCUUCCCGCCCACCUCCCUAAUAUCGAUCAACAACAUCAUCUACGCCUAUGGUGCACUGCCAACAAACAACCGUGUUGUGGAGAUGAACAGUGCACAGCGGGAGAACCAUGGCGUGGCGAUAGACAGCGAGGUAACGGUAAAAGAGUUUACAGGCAAGUUGAUGGAUAUAGCACUGGUUAAGAUUAAGCUAUUGCCUGUGCACGCAGGCGACAAGACGAUCAGCAGGAAGGAAAUGACGGAGAAAUUCGUGAGCAUAUACAACAACUAUCCGCUGAGUCUUGGUCAGCUCUUCUAUCUGAAGUCUGAGGAUGAUCCUAUCAAAGCUGAGGUGUGUGAGAUUAUGCUUGAAGACAAGACAGGAGAUGCGGUGGAUAUGUGUGGUAUGGUGAGUUUCAAGACUAAUGUCCAUUUAUUUACGGCAAGCAUGCAUUUAACGAUCGAUCAGCCCAGCGAUGAGAACGUGCUGCUCAAAACAAAUUUCAACUUUUUUAGCCUAGGAAUAGGCGGUUUAAAGGAGGAGUUUGCAACGAUGUUCAGGAGAGCCUUCCUGAGCAGAGUGUACAAGAAGGACUUGAUGGAUCGGCUACGCAUAGACCAUGUGAAAGGUAUCAUGCUAUACGGUCCUCCUGGCACAGGAAAGACUCUAAUAGCCCGGCAAAUCGGCAGACUGUUGAACGCACGAGAACCAAAAAUAGUGAACGGUCCAGAGGUGCUCAACAAGUACGUCGGUCAGAGUGAAGAAAACAUACGAGAGCUUUUCAAGGAUGCUGAAAAGGAAUGGAAGAAAAAGGGGAGCGCUUCACAUCUGCAUAUCAUAAUAUUUGAUGAAAUUGACGCAGUAUGCAAGAAAAGAAGUGAGAAUUCCUCAAUUACCGACCAGGUGGUAAAUCAGCUUCUUUCGAAGAUGGACGGCGUGGAGAGCUUGAACAACAUCCUUGUGAUCGGAAUGACCAACAGGAUGGACCUUAUUGAUCCAGCGCUUCUUAGACCAGGAAGAUUUGAAAUACAUAUCGAAAUCGGGUUGCCGAAUCUUGGCGACAGAAAAGAAAUACUGGAGAUUCAUACAGCAGCUCUCAAGAACAAUAACGUGCUGGAGAAUGUCAGUUUGGAAGAGGUUGCAAAGCAAACGAAUAAUUACACCGGUGCUGAACUCACGGCAGUGGUCAAAAGUGCGGUUAGCUAUGCGCUAGAACGUGGAUUGAAGAGAAAAAAUGAAGAAUUUGAUGAUGAUGCGGACAGCGGCAUCGAUGAGGCAUCAAGCGACCUCGAACAUGGAAGCGGAGACGCUAAGCAUGGUACAUGUGGCGGUGCCCGUGCGGAAGGCACACAGAAAGAUGAUCCACGCCAAAGUAUCAGGGUAAGUGACAACAUCAAAGUUACGAUGGAAGACUUUCUGAAGGCCAUAGACGAGGUAAAGCCAGCAUUUGGUCUUAACGAACAAGAAUUUACCAUUUUCAAGAAAAACUAUUACUCGCUCAAGCACCACACCGAUACCAUGCAGCAGAUCAAGGAAAAGAUUUCAUAUUUGCUAAAAACCACGUUCUACAACACUAGCAAUAUCCUACUGUGUGGCGAGAGCGGUGUGGGAAAAACAACACUCUCGGUGAGGGCGGCACUCGGCAUGAAGAUACCGUACGUCAAGCUGAUCAGCCCACGGGAGGUGAUAGGCUACAGCGAAGUAGAGAAAAUACAAUUCAUCAAAGAAAUAUUUAUCAACGGCUACAAAUGCAAGCAGUGCCUUAUAAUCAUUGAUGAUAUCGAGUCUCUAAUAGAUUACGUGCCGCUAGGUCCCCGUUUCAGCAACGCGGUUCUGCAGACCAUUAAGACAUUCGUAAGGAUGGAAAGCAACGGUAAAUGCUUUGUGAUCGCUACGUGCUCGUCUCUUGAGAUAAUCGAGGAGCUGAGUCUUAGAGAAAGCUUUGAUAGCCUGGUAGUGGUGAGAAAAAUCAACAGGAACGACAUCGAAGAGCUGAGAGAGCAGAACGAUGCGUUCGGCAGCGUAGAGUGUGAUGAGAUAGGAAUUAGGGAGUUGCUGGGGAUGUUGGAUAUCUGUGACCUUGCAACCGAGUAAAUUGUCGGUGUUCCCUCAUUCGUUUGGUAAAUUUUUUGCUUGUUUUAAUGUUUGUUGCAGGGACGAAUUGGUUCGUGUUCUGUGGCCCUUACGGAAAAGAUAACAGCCAUACUCCUUGGUAAUAGCGGCUGCGUUAAAUGUUAUCUCAUGUCUGCAUGGAGUGGUGAUCCUUAAAAAUGAUGAUAAUUACCUUUGAAACUACUCGAUCAGUGAUUUUGGCAGCUCUUAUCAAGGUCACCGUGCUCAACAUCAAAUACAUCACUUUUUACGACUGUCCUCAUGCAACAUUGAAUGGUAUCUCCUUUCAAUUGCACUUUUUUGGAGGCACUGUUUGAUCAAGCAUUGCUACGUCGUUACAGCGUAC